GGGCAGGGCCGGAGAGGCGUUGUGAAAUUCCCUGAUACGACUAGAGCUGAGUGAAACCGAUGACCAUUCACCAUUCACCAAUUGCCGGCGAUGGCAGACAGACGCACAGCGGCAAACGGCGGCGGCGACGGAAGCGGAGAUGUGCCCAGAUACGCCAUCCUGGACUGUGACGGUGGCAGCGACGAUGCCUGGGCGCUGCUCCUGUUGCUACAUGCGGCGGAGAGCCAUGGCAUCCAUCUGCUGGCGGUGACCACACUGGGAUGCGGCAAUACCAGCCGGGAGAGUGCGGCGCGGAACAUGCGACGGAUACUCGAGGCCUCCAAGCGCACAGACGUUCCCAUCUAUCUGGGCGCCGUGGAUCCCCUAAUCCCCUGGAGCGAGGACGACAAGAAAUACUUCCAUGGCCGCGAUGGGUUCGGGGAUGUCCUGGACGAUGCCACUGAUCCAGUGGAGAGCUUUGUCCGGCCGGAGCAUGCAGUGACCGCCAUCUAUGAUCUCUGCCGGGCGAGGCCCAAACAGAUCACUAUUUUCGCCGUGGGCCCUCUGACGAAUCUGGCCCUGGGCUAUACCAUGUAUGGCAAGGAGUUCGGGGAGAACUUCAAGGACAUUUUUAUCAUGGGUGGUAAUUACCAGGGCGUGGGCAAUUCCUCGCGAGCCGCCGAGUUCAAUUUCCAUUCGGAUCCGGAGGCCGCGCAUACUGUGCUGCAGAGGAGCCGCUGUCCCGUCACCGUCCUGCCCUGGGAGCCCUGCACCCCGGAGAAAUUCAACAUACCCAUAGACUGGCGCCUGAAGGAAUUUGCCGCUAGGGCCGAGGAUGCCAAGCAUACGGCCAUCACGAUGCUCAACCAGGUGGAAACCGCUCAGUGGCUGCCGAUGAUCGAGCAGUACGGGAUCGAGACGUGGAAUCCCUGCGACGCACUGGUGGUGGCCGUGUGGCUCUUUGAAGAUCGAUUCAUCUGCAAGCAUAGUACCUGGCACGCGACCGUCGACCUCCGGGGCACCCACACCCGCGGCCAGAUGGUGCUCGAUCACCUGCGGGAGCGGGAAAGGUAUCCGGAGAAUGUGCGGAUCAUUGAGCACGUGGACGCGGAGUUCUUCAAGCGGAUUUGCGAGUGGAUAGCCGGCCUGAAUGACGGUUGUUCGCUGCUUGGCGACACGGCAUAAUAAAUCCAUAUCUGUAGUAA